GCUAACGUUAGCCCGCUACCUUAAAGCGACACCGACGAGGUUAUUUUAGGUUGGUGGCCGAGGAAAAACGGAAUAUAAGCUUUUGACGCUACACCACCUGUGCCUGGGCUUUGGCAGGGAGCAGAAAGCGCCGUGCCAUUCCCCGUCCUCCUCUCAUGUCCCUCCCCCGUGUGUCCUGGCCCGUCGGUGUCCCCUUGUCGCCCCCACUCUGUUUCCGUCUGUGCCCCCCUCUUCCACCCUGCGUCUUCCUACCCCUCAUGCACAGGACGUCGCUGCCUCUGCGCCAGCUCAAUGACUGCCUGGAUUGUCCUGCCUGUCAGCCUGGCUGCCUUCUCCAUCACUGGAAUAUGGAUAGUAUACGCCAUGGCUGUGAUGAACCACCAUGUGUGUCCUGUGGAAAACUGGUCCUACAACGUGACGUGUUCAGAAGAGACGGCCAAACCAGGCUUCCCCAAAACGUGCUGCACCAUUCAGGACAUCCCGCUCAUCAGUAAAUGUGGCUCCUUCCCACCAGAGAGUUGCCUGUUCAGCCUCAUCGGGAACGUGGGAGCCUUCAUGGUGGUGAUGGUGUGUCUUUUGCGUUAUGCUCAGAUUAUCGAGCACAAUCAUCACUGUUGGACCAACACCAGCGGCCUGGUGUCAGGCUUCAGUAACGCAGUGGGUCUGGUCAUGGUGGGAAACUUCCAGGUGGACCACGCUAAGACCCUUCACUACGUGGGAGCGGGUGUGGCGUUUCCUGCUGGUAUGGUGUUCGUGUGCCUGCAGUGUGUGUUGACCUACCGGGUGGCCGUCACUGCCCUCGACUACUGGAUGGCCCAUGUUCGGGUUGCUCUCGCUGCUGGAUCCCUGGUGUCUCUCGUCCUCAGUGGCAUCUUCUUUAUCCACGAAAGCUUCGUCCUGCAGCACGCCGCGGCCAUCUGCGAGUGGGUCUUCACUGUGGUCAUCCUUGUCUUCUACGGAACUUUCACCUACGAGUUUGGCACCGUCACCAGCGAGACCAUGAUGGCCGGCCUCCAGAGAAACCUCCCCCACGGGUCCAGCGUCAUGCUCAGGGGUGGGUCUGGAGGCCUCGGGGGAGGAGCUUCAAAGGGUCUGAAGUCACCCGGAGGGAGCAGCACCUCAACACAUUUAAAUUGCACACCAGAGAGCAUAGCUAUGCUUUAGAAUCACAAAGACUGCCUGAAAAGUUGCUGAGUGACAAGACAAACCCACAGAGGAUGAAAAAGCAGUGUUUACUGUUUCCGGUAUCCGAGUAGACCUGCAUUGCACGGGUUGGUGUACCGAUCUUACACUCAGAAUCCAGUUUUUGGCCCUGGGUUUUGUAAUCACUGGUAGUUACUUUGUGUUACAGAACAGGGAUUCUCAACUCCAUUCUUGGGUACCCUCUGCUCUGGUCUCAGUUUUCUCUCCUCCAGUAUACCUGAUCCAGCACAUGAAGGAGUCAAUACUUGGUAGCUAUUCAGCAUUUUUUGUUUUGAGUACCAGUAAUUACAAAAUCCGAGACCAGAAACUAGAUUCGGGGUCCAGAGUUGAAUACUUGAGAAUACCUGUGGGAUGGUGGUUGCACAGUCCUGAUCUCGUAACGAGAAUACACGUCUUGGGACAAUCUGUUAAACUUUUGGUGCUGGAUCACGGUGCUAACAAGGGUACCACCCCUCCAAACACCGCCCAACAAUUCUUGUAUUCCAUGCUCUGGAGUUCAAUUGAUUACAUAAGUAAAACAGUCUAGCUAGCAAAUCAGUAUUGUGAGUUAACAGAGGUAGUGUAUUUUUUAAGACAUGUCAAAUGAUGUUUUGCCGUGGGCUACAUCCAUGGGCUAACAACAGUCUUGUUGUCCAUUGGACGGUGUUGUUGAGCACACCAUCAACUCUUACCCUUCUUGGGUGUUGCAUAUUAGGUUGGUUUAGUAGUUUCACUGUUUGUUCCUACCCUAAUAACUCUAUGUUCCCUCCCACAUUUAGCCCAAAAGUUCUCAUGCCUGUCCCUAAACGUUCUCAUUACAAGAUCACUUCUGGCUCCACAAGACUGAUGUUUGCAUUGCUCUAGGUGAGUUAUGAUUUAGAAGGGAAACCACUAUUGCAGCGCAGGGGUAACCCAGGACUACAGUGCAUAUGUUGGCCUAACUUGAGGCGGGUAAGUCAACAACCACCCUUUUCACAAAAUAGUUUGGCGAUCAAUUAAAUUUACGCAGUUGCCCCACCUUACCUUGAAUGUAAUCAAUCAGCCAGGAUUCACUCACAAAUGGACUUCCAUGUGUGGUUUCUGACGCUGUGUGAUGCUGUUAUCUAUAAACAUGGACAAAAGUCUAGUCUUCAUGACCAUGGUUGCCGUUUUUAGCCAUGCUAGCAUAUGUUUGUCCAACACAAUGUUAGAUGUCUUAGCUGUUUGAUUACAUUUGAGCUAAAGGGAAAAUUUCGUAAAUCUUUUUACACUAAACUAUUUUUUCACUACUGCUAUCUGCAGUUGCAUUUGUUCCGUCAGGUCAUUUCCACUUGGUCCAGGUUUGACUUCUCCACUGGUGUAAUAGAGAGGUAUGAUAUUCGGGCCAAAACGAAAACAAUAGGUCAUUUCAUUCGGGAUCAGGAAGCUUUUGGUCAAGAUAGCUUAGCUUUGGCGAGUUUUUCGAUGCACAUAGUUUGUGAGGUUUGUUUGUUGCUGCCUGGAUUGUAGAAACCGAAGGAAUGGUGAGGGGGGUUGUUAUGGUAAAAGGGGCGGUCCUUCGUUCUGCUGGAGUUUGUUACUGUUUGCCCCUUACUGUUAGACAAUGAAGUAUUUGCACGCUACACGAUGAAUGAAUUAGAAAUUAAGCAUUUUUAGUGUUUUGUUUUAUGGAUCUACAGAGAGUAUAUUCUGAAUGUGUGAGUAGCGCUCAGCUGUAUUUAAGGAUGUUACUGUAUUAGUAUGACUUGUGCACACGUAUGAAUUUGGCGAAACAAUCUAAGAAUAAGAUAGAAUGGGUUGCGUGAAACUGAGGAAAAACGUGUCUUGAUACUAAUCUUGCACAUCUUUUCCUUUGGAAUCAUGGAUAACCAUUUUGUUUUGGUUAUCAUUGUUAACCAUUGUUUUUCCACAGCGAAUUAUUAACAUGCCUAUCUUUAUAUCAAUAUAUAUAUUUAAUUCCCUAUGCUAUAGGUCAUGAUACACAUUAUUCACAGGCGUCCAUAUCUUUCCAUGUCAGUGAUUUUAUUUAUUUUUUUAACCCGUGAGGCUUCAGCAGUUACAUCCACCAUAAAGUGACUGCUGAUCUUUCCUUGGUUUUAGGCUGGAUUUGCAUGGUGCAUCUUCCAUGUAACUUGCGUGAAACUUGCUUGAAACUGAAUUUCACUUUGAUUGCAUAAAGUAAAAGCCUCAUGUAACUCCUUUGAAACUUGUUUGAAACUCAACUGCAACAGUUGGAAAUGUUUUAAGCUUCAUGAAAAAAGCCAACAGCAAAGCUGAGAAUGUGUCACAUUAACAGAUAUCAUUUCAAGAGACUGAGUUUUAUUGAUACAUUAUGGAUGGUAAAAUGAAAUAGAGGUUUGGUUAUUUAUAAAUAAAUGUUGUAUGCUUGUUGAUAACCACUUAGCUUAACUAGCUCGGUAGCUAGCCAGCAAGCUAACACCUACCUUAAUUCUACUUGGUUAAACGAUUUGUUUAGACAUCAGUAAAUUAAUUUGAACACAUGUAAUUGGGCUUGAAUUCGAUAUUUCCCCAAAUUAUUUGUAUUCCAUUUCGCAUGUGACUCAGACUCACUCGACCAAUCACUGUUGUUUCUGAUGCUGGAAUGGCAUCAACUAGGGCUGAAUAAUUUGAGGAAAAUAGUUUAAACUGUUUAAACUGUUAAUAUUUCUAUAAUUUAAGGUUCAGGCCUGUUUAUUUUUGCCAAGAAGGACAGAAUAUCCAUCUUUUCUGGCUUGAGGCUUGACCUGUAGUAUGCCAGUAAUGUUGUUGUGAUGUUUGGUUGCUUCUGAUUGGUCUAAUUUAUCUACUGGCAAUUCACUAGCUCUAUGUCAUUAGGUUAAAUUGCCCACUCAAAAUUUCAGACUUCAUUUAUGAUCAUGUAGGCUAUAAUUAAAAAAUGACAGCUCUUUCUGGAAAAUGAUACUUUUUAAAUUGCGAUUUCAAUAUAAAAACAAUUCGUUCAACUUUGGCGACAAUCGAGAUGACAAAUCAGCUGUCUUCAUCAAAUAGGACUGUAUCCAAAACCACGUACUACACAUGCUACAUUGCUGGUGUAGUUUUUUUUGACAUAUUUAUUGAGUCUGGUCAUAUUUGAGUUUGGAAUUUUUUGCAACAUUAGCCCCCUGUGUGGAUCUGUUUAGCUAGGUUUUUAGUUUUUGAAAAAGUGAUAUGAAAGAUUUAUUUCAUAUAGUGAUAGAAAGACACAAUGUAAAAUAAAUUUCGCAUAUUUUAUACAGCCAGAAAGCUACGCUACUAGCUACUAGGCUAAUGUUUCCCAUAUAGAAACUAGUUUCCUGUAACUGUUUCACGUAACUUCACGCAAAGUGUGGCUUGGUAUGAAAAGUUUCACCGUAUAAAGCCAGCCUUAAAUUCAUGCAAAGUUACGUUUUUAAGCCAACGUUACAUUUUUGACUGAUGGCCAGUUCUUGUUUUUCGUACAUUUGUAUUCUGUUGCCAUGGUCCACCAAAGCAAUUCUGCUUAUUACAUUUUGUAUUGCAAUGACUAUGGCUUAGGAUAGUGCUGUCAAUGUGUAGUAGGAGGACACAGUAACUAGAUAAACCUGAAUGCCAUUCUGGAAAAUGGUGCCAAGGCGCUGUAGUGGUGAUCUUUAAACAGAUUUAUGAACUUGAGAAUUGUACUGGUGUCUAGGCUGGUUCCUGGGAAACCAUGUAUGAAAGGUCCGAGAGAGCUGCCGGGGGCCUUAAUCUUCUGUUACUGCUGUUUCAGUGAGUUAGCAUUUGUAUUGGAGUGUUGAAGCUAACGUCAAUCUGCCUGUAAAGUGGGGUCACUCAUACACUGCCCAUCAAGUUUGAAGACACCUUGGCUUCUUCUGAAAUUCUACGUUUGUUUGUUUUCAGUUACACAAGAAAAAAGUUUUGUUAGCCAAAGCAGGUAUAUGCUAAUGCUAAUUAUCUUUAAGAACCAUGAGCUUCCUUGGUAUGAAGAGUAGGUUUUGCCUGAAUAGUGAUUUUUAAAAAAAAUUUUUUUUAAAAUGAAAAAUAGGCCAAAAGCACACUUUUGGUGGUGAGAUGACAACAGAAUGAGUGGCCUUUAGUUUUAUUCACAAGCACGGUUGGCUCUGCUAAACAAAAUAGCAACAGCUUUUGAUGUAAUCUGUUAAAUGAUUGAAAACAGACAAAGAACCCGUGCUUAUUUGUGUUAAGAGCAUUUCAAAGCAAGGCUUCCUCAGACAUUUGAUGGGUAUUGCAUGCACCCCAGUGGUUCUUACAUUCACGCUUUGUUUUGGAGGUUUGGUCUGUUAUUUGUAGUUGAGUAUUUAACUGCACCCUCUAGCGUCUUCUACCAAACAUCACUGCGAUAAGUUCCAGCCCAACAAGGAUUGCGCUGUUUUGCUCCCCAAAGCCUUUGACCUUUGACAGAGGUUAGGCUUCAUUACACGCUUCGUUGUCCCAAAUGGCUUGUUUACAUUCUGUGCUAAAAAAUGUGAGUAUUUGAAUAUGUAUUUACCACCAAACCAGGCCAAAUCUGGCCUUAACGGCUGAUGGUACAUUUGAUCAAAUUCAAAAACUGUAAAUUGUUACUCCGCACUGUAUAGACUUAGACACCACUGGACAUUCAAAAUAUGGGUGGGCAAUAUGACUUUGAUGUCACAAUACUUUUUGGUACUUUUCACUUUCAGAGAAAUCAUAGAUACAUCGUCGUGUUGAUUCAACAAUAGUGGCCAAAAAUGUGGCUUACAUUAAUAUUGUUGUGUUUUGAUUUUCAGUUUAGUAGUGCAUUUCAUUAUUUCAUUCAUUCUCCUGAUUGAAUGCACUAGCAGCAAGCUAACAUACUACCAACAAAGUAGUAGCAAUACGAUACAACAUAAUGCAUCGUGUUUUGGGUUCCGAUACUCAUUUUUUAUAUUAAUUUUCAUUAAUAAUUUUUUUUUUGUACAAUCAUUUUUUAAUGAAAUUUUACAUGCACUGCACAGCACUACCUCCAAUUAGACAGAACUAGUUGUCAGGAAUCAAAUUCCAUAGCAAAUUCCAUAUCGACCAUCCCUAAUUCAAACCAAAUAUUUAGACAGUAGCUACCACAAACUUUUUUGAUUUUUUUAAUGCUUUUCCACCAGAGUGCAAUACAGCACAGUGCACUAACAGAUCUGUGAUCACACAUUUUGUCGUUAUUUCCAUUGCGAGAACCCAUUAGGCUUAUUCAUCAUUGAUAUAGAAACCUUACUUUGCAUUUAAUGCAGUUUUUCACAAGAUUUAUAGGUUGUAAACAUGCAGUUUAUAAAACCUACAGAAAAAACUACCAAACCAUAGCAAGAACAGCCCAAAUAUAAUAAGGACAAAACACACCAAGAGCUACUGAUCCAUACAAAGAAUCAACUGAACCAUGCCACGAGCUACCGAAAGAUGGCAAGAACUCCCGAACCACACCAAGAACUUCUGAAAGAUGGCAAGAACAAGCGAACUACACCAAGAACAAUCAUACUAUACAAAGAAUCAACCAAACCACACCAAGAAGCACCGAACCUUAGCAAGACCAGCUGAACUACACCAAAACCUUCCGAAGCAUACAGUCAACCAAACUGCAUCAAGAUCAACCGAACUACAUCAUGGACAGCUCAACCAUAGCAACAGUUGCCGAACCACAGCAAGCGCAACCAUAGAAUCAACCAAACCACACCAAGAACAGCAAACCCACACCAACAACUACCAAACCGUAGCAAAAAAAAAAGCUGUUCUUCAUCAACAACUACCGAAGCAUAUUAAGAAUCAACUGAACCUCACCAAGAACUGAACUAUACAAAGAAUCAACCAAACUAUAGCAGCAACAGUGGAAGCUUACCAAGAACUACCGAACCAUACAAUCAAUCAACUGACUGGACAAGAACAGCAAGAAUAACCAAA